AUGGAUAUUCCAUAUUUGGAUGAAUGGGAUCAAAAUGAAAAGGAUCACUCCAUCUCCUUAGGUGGGGUUGUUAAGGUUAUGGCGUCUAGCUCUCUCUGUCUUCUAGUUUUAUGUGGUGCAAAGAAUAUCAGGUCUGGAGCAGCUGUUGAUGUGAUUCAGAGAAUAUCAGUCUCCAUAUGCUCUUUAGUAACUAAGGAAGCUUUAAUGAAUGCAAUGACUAAUGAGCUUCCAAGACUCCAGGAACAAGUUUACUAUGGGCGUAUAAAUUCUCGCACUGAUAUUUUGGAUAAAUAUUUAUCUGAAAAUGGAAUUCAUCGCUAUAAUCUACAGAUUGUUGGAGGAAAGGUGAAGCCUAAAUUUGUCUCUCCGACUCCAUCGAUUCUCGGUGAUGAAUCUUUGCUAAAUAAUAUCGAAUAUUUACACUCUGUUGGAACUAUGGAUGACUUGAAGCCCAUAACUCAUCUUCUUGCUGUUGAUGUCACAUCAAGAAAAGGGAUUAAGUUACUCCAUGAAGGAAUAUGUUAUUUGAUAAGUGGACAAAUAAAAAACCUGCAAAUUGUUGCAAAUCUAACAGCAGAACGGGAUGGUGAUCUUAGAAAGGCUGCACUAAAUUGUUUUGCCUCUGGUUAUAAGAUUCUCGGUGUGCUUAAGUUUUCUUAA